AUACAUUCGCGCAUGCGCGGAAUCCUGAAAAAAGAAUUUUCUGCGCACACGCUCGCUAAAAAGUAAAAAACAGGAGAAAAAACUUAAUUUGAGUGCAUUUUGUUUAUUGAAUAACUGAUUAUCUCAUGCAUAUCUUCUCCUUAUAUUUAGUUUGAUUGAACUAAUCACUUGUUACAUCUGCUCCCUAUAGACGUUACGUCAUGGUCAUGGAAACUCCUAGUCCUCAGUGUGUUGGCCGUGAAUUCGUAAGGCAGUAUUACACUUUGCUGCACGAGGCCCCACUGCAUUUACACAGAUUUUAUAGCCACAAUUCAAGCUUUGUUCAUGGAGGUGUGGAGAAACCUGGAGAGGAACAACCACCUGUUAUUGGACAACCAGAAAUUCACAAGAAGAUAAUGUCCUUGAAUUUCCGUGAUUGUCAUGCGAAAAUUCGUCAGGUGGACAGCCAAGCCACUGUUGGGAAUGCUGUGGUUGUUCAGGUGACUGGAGAGCUGUCAAACAAUGGACAGCCAAUGCGUCGCUUUAUGCAGACCUUCGUACUGGCCCCACAGUCUCCAAAGAAGUAUUAUGUGCACAAUGACAUCUUCCGCUACCAGGAUGAGGUUUUCCAUGAUAAUGACACGGAUAUUGAGAAUAUUGAAGAUGCACUUGAUUCUGAGGGUGAGAUAGUGGAUGGUGGUGCCCAGACUGAGCUUAUCCAGGAUACCCAACAGUUCUAUGACAACCAUGCUCCUCUGAGCAAUGGCACGGGUCUUCUUGAAGAGGAGCAGGUGGAGACACCAUCCAGCCCCAAGUCUGAGCCCGAGGAAGUGGAUGAUGUGAAAGAGGAUGUGGCCCCCUAUGACACUGAGGUCCACAAGGAGGAACCCAAACUGGAAACUGUGCAUCUGGAGGAGGAGCCACAGCACAUCCAUGAGGAGCCUCAAAUGAAGCCAUUCUCAUGGGCUGCGUUGGCCAGUAAGAACACCAACAGUGCAGCCCCUGUGUCUCAAAUGCCUGUUCAGCCUGUAGCUCAGUCAAAGCCUGCGCCAGGCUUCGGGACACGGCAAGAGGUGAAACAGGACACAAGUCCAACUCCGAAGGAACAGAGAGGCCCAAGACCUGGUCGCGAUCGUCCUGAUCGGGGGCGUGAUCGUAUCAGCACAGGCCGUGAGGAUGGGGACAGCACUAUGGACCGGCGUGGUAAUCGCUUCCCGGACAGCCACCAGUUGUUUGUUGGCAACUUGCCACACAAUGUCGGAGAAAAAGACCUGAAGGAAUUCUUUGAAGCAUAUGGUUCAGUUGUUGAAACCCGCAUCAAUCAGAAGGGAACUGGUGGAAAAAUUCCGAACUAUGGUUUUGUUGUCUUUGAAACCAGUGAGCCAGUGGAGAAUAUUCUUAAAAAAACUUCUCAAGGACAGUUUAUCAAGUACAAUGAACAGCGUCUUAACAUAGAGGAAAAGAAGCCUAAAGACGGUCGUCCUAUGGGUCGAGGUCCCCCACCCCGGUCAGGCAGUGCAGGUGGCGGUGGGGGAGGGUUCAGCAGUCGUGGGGGAAGUGCAGGAAGGGGUAUGGGCCCUAGGGGCGGCCCCCCGGGGAUGAGAGAUGGGGGUCGUGGAGGGGGCGGAAUGAGUCGUGGAGGAGGAGGAGGUGGUGGGAUGGGCGGUCCAAGGCGCUGAGGAAGGUUGAAGGGGUGGGUGGGGUAACAUGAAGUCCGUGGGGAUGUUGAUGGUGCUUUGUGUAAAAUGGUAAAGAAAGUAUGCAAUUCUGGGUAUGGUGAGGACAUAUCAUAUAACAAUCGCCGUUUAUUUACAAAGUUGAUUUUUACUAGAAUUCAAGAUGUGCUUUGAGCAGCCGAGUGUUUAUGUGUGAUUGAAUUUCAAUAGAUAAGCAUCCCGGUUUGCCUGUGAUCAGUUACACACAAACAACUAUUUAUCUUAUUUAUUUCUGUUUUUGUACCAACAUGCUUGACCUGUGUGACGAUUACACAGGACUAGGAGUUGCCAUGAUCAUUUUGAACUUUUCAAUCCAAUGCCAGCAUUGGGAGCUUUACUUAUGUGCUAUUACAAAGCUAAUACCUUGUGCAGCAUACAGGUUCAUGAACAUUGUAAAUAAGGUAUGAUCAUUACACAAGCAUUCUUAACUAUCAUUCUUUGAUGUGUUGUCUUGAUUUCAUAUUUCACCAUUCAUCUAUUCAAAAUCAGAAGUGUUUGUUGUUUUGUGUAUGGGCGCGUGUGGCAGAAUUGCAUAUUUUCCACUUAAACAUCGUACAUGUGAUGAAUACAUGUUUUACAAGGCCCGUAAAAAAAAAAUGAUUUUUUUAGAUGUUUUCAAUUCCAUCUUCAGUGUACAACAUAUAACAACAACAUGAUAUUUGUUUACUUUUGAUGUGAUAUGUUAUUAUACUGUUUUAGUUGUUAUUUAACUUACAAUUCUGUAAUAGAUAUAUAUAUGUUACACAAAAAGUAUUGGUCAGAUUUUGAUGGCAUUUUUAUGUAGCAUUUAAGUUUCCUAAACAUGAGACUCAAAAAUUAAAUUUGAAUUUCAUUCAAAAUACUCAUAAAAAAAGUGAUGCCUUGUGCGUUCAUCUGUUUGUUAUUAAAGAAAACAGUUAACAAAACACAGAAACUUCUGACCAUGUUAAAUAGAUAUUGAUAAAAGAUGUUCAAUAUGUCUUGUAAUUUUGUUAGAAAUGGUUUGUAUUUUUUAUUACUUGCAAUUAUUCAUAAUCAAAGUUUUGAAGUUAGUUGUUGAUAUUUGAAUUGUAAACAUCGUCUUUGAAAACAUAAGUUAUUUUGGCAUUUUUGUAUUAUCAUUUUCUUGAGUUGUAAAAUCAUGAAUAAUUUUUUAUUAAAUAACGAAAAUGUGGCAACUGUUGUUUAUUUUAGAAAGCAUAAUUUAUAGGCACUUUGUAUUAUUAUUAUAUAAAUAAAGCACACUUAUACGGCUAUCAAAACGUUUUCAUGUUUUGUAGUAUUUAACUUUAAGUCACUGAAUAAAAAUACAAAAUUCUUUUCAAUGCAUUUUAAAAAUGGUUAAAAGUGAACAAAAUGUUUGCGUUAUUGUGAUAUUUGAGUCUUAGGAAUCAUGGUUGCUGGGAAAUAAAGUGAUAAUUACUAUUUUUUGUUUGGAGUGAAAUGGAGCUUAUGAGAAAGUUCUUUUUUGAAGUUCGCUUGAUGAAAAAUACAUUUACACACAAGAAACAUGAUAUUUAUUUGUACGUGUACAAUUAAACAUUGGAAAUUUGAUGGGAAAUAGUUUGUACAUGUAAAUGUGUUAGAAACACUCAUUAAAAUUUUUAUUUUAAAGUCUAUAAUGGAAAUGAAGUGAGAAAGGUAAAAAAAAUAGAAUAUGUGUGUAUAUUGACAAUAGUCCAUUGUAAAGAAGUUUCUAUGCUUUCAUUGUGUCCGAUGGCUAUUCCCUUACAGCUCAGGGAAAGAGGCUAGUAUGUUGCUCCAGUAAACUCAUAUGUAUAUGUUGUAUGUUCUCUUUUCCUUUAUUUUGUUCACUCAUCAUUUAACCCUUUCAGUGUGGGAACCGGAUUUUGAAGGCCUUUGCAAACAGUUUGGAUCCAGAUGAAACGCCACAGAACGUGACGUCUCAUCAGGAUCCAAACUGUUUGCUAUUCUGAUAGUGUUCUUUGAAACAAAUCGAAGAAAAUGCUAAUUUUAGAAAUUCAGCAGAAGACAUUUUAGCAGACGACAAAUUUCCCAGCAUGCAAAGGGUUAAAUAAAUUUCUUGUAAAAUUGAUUUGUAUGCUCUUCAGACUCCUAUUAUUUGUACAGAAAAUAACAAAAGGUUCUGAAUUUGUAAAAACAAACUACCGUUUUGUGAUUUGUAUACUUAUUAUUUUAAUAGCAGUAUUUUGAAAUGCCGAUAUUGGGUCAAAACAAAUAAGUAAAAUCAAGAUGAAACUGAGUAAAAAGUAAAUGUAUACCUAAAUAGAUUAUGUUGCAUUAUGGCUGAGGACAGUGAAAAAACGUAUGCUGUGUGAGUUUAAUUUAAUAAUCUUCUCUCAUGUUUUACAAAUUGAAAUGGUAUUUUGUGAUAAAAAUUGAAAUGGUAUUUUGUGAUAAAAAUAGACGUUUUGUAUUGCAUAUAAUUAGUGGUGCAGUUUUGUAGUAAGAUCUACAAUAAAUUAAUGGAAUACAGAUAAUGAUACAAUUUCAGGUUUGCUUUCUUUUAAGUUACAAAAAAACAUAAAAAUAACACCUAAUUAACCUAUGCAAUUAUAUUUUAGCUUGAUGUUCUACAGUUUUGAUGCAUGUAUCUAUUUCGACACCUGAGAUGUUCAUUGUGCUUAAGGUUAAAGUAAGACAUGUUUCAUGUUGUUACGGAUGGUAGGUGUUGGUAAGUGGUCUAACCACCAAUUUGGUUUCUAUAAAGUUCUAAAUGUGAUAAAGCUUACACAAGUAUUCAUACUUCCGCAUGUGUAAUGGCAUAGUGUUUAUUUUGAAAUAAAUUUGAAAAUGGUA